UGUCAACCUUCCCAAUGCGUUUUCUGCAACUAUUCGUCACAUGCUUUGUUGUCUUUGCAUUCAGUUCUCGGGGUGCCAAAAAACCCAUUCUUAUCCAUCUAUGUCCUUCUCUCUAUAAAUACCAAAAUAUGAAAUGACCCAUUAUUAGAAAUUAAGCUAAACAUAUAGAGAAAUACAAGAAAAUGUUGGUGAUGGGAAUAAGCUUGCAAUUCUUGAUGGACUUGGUGGUUGCUGGUUUUUCCCUCAUGGUUGGGUUGGGAAUUUUCGCUUUCAUUGCUUCAAUCUUAUGCUCUGCUGCUUUCUACCAGAACGCCAAGCAACUUUCUUGAACCAAACCAAGCAAGUUUAUGGAUUUAGGUAGACAUCAGCAGCUCAAGUAAAACCAACAAUAACCACCCCUCCCACAGUUCAAAAAAAAAAAAAAAAAAAAGCAAAAAUGAUUACAGUAAGAUAAAAAAAAAAUCACGAAUAAAAGGUGUUUCUCCACUAUAUUUAUAGUUCAUUAGGCACUUUUGCUGCUUGUAAGCCAAGACGAGCUGCAUGGAGAGGUGAACUAACUGAUUAGCAGCUACAGUUUUGUUGUUUGUAAUAGACUAGAGAUGUAUGUCCUCUUAGGAAGAGGCAUCUGUUUGUAAUAUUUAGAGGAAUGAAUAUGCAGCUUUGAGACCGGUAUUUUUGCCUUCUGCUAAAUAUCUUGUGUGUUUAGAAACUUUUUUUUAA